CACAUACACUGAAACGAGCGCAUCUUGUCGGGGGAACACUACAGCCGAGGGUUUAAUCUGUAGUUUAUUCUGGGAGCUUCCCUUUUUUUACUCAUAUAAGAUGGGAAAGAACAAUCAAGACGACCGCAAUAUUGCCACCGCAAAGGAAUCACCCACUUUUAGAGAGAUGGCCCAGGAGACCAAUCAGAGGCCCAUGCUCUGUGCCACUGGCUGUGGUUUCUAUGGCAACCCAAGGACCAAUGGCAUGUGCUCUGUCUGCUACAAAGAGCACUUAACAAGACAAAACAAUGGGGGAGUCAGUCCUAUUAGCACAAUGGCAGGUUCCAGCAGUCUAACUAGUAGUCCAAACUCUGAAGCCUCAGCCAUUCAGAUUAUUGAAGCCACACUAAACAAUGCUUCCUGUGCUAGUUCUGCUGAGUCGCCUAAUAGCACAGCCGCUGCUGCCCUUCCGGUUACACAACAGAUGACGGAGAUGAGCAUUUCCUGUGAAGAGGAAGUGGCCUCUCCAAAAGUAGAACUUCCUGUGGCAGUUGUCACUCAGCCAACAGCGUCCACUCAACAUUCUGUUGCGGAUGGUAGCGAUGAAGCCAAGACACCAGAAGCCCCCAAACCCAAGAAGAACAGAUGCUUUAUGUGCCGCAAGAAGGUCGGCCUUACAGGAUUCGACUGCCGUUGUGGGAAUCUGUUCUGUGGACUUCAUCGCUACUCAGACGAGCACAACUGCCCCUACGACUACAAGGCGGAGGCUGCUGCCAAGAUCCGCAAAGAAAACCCCAUUGUGGUCGCAGAUAAGAUUCAGAGAAUAUAAAUCUCUCGCUUAUCCAUACAUUGAUUUUGCGAGAGAAUGGAUAAAAAGGACUCACGCUUGACGUGUGAUUCUAAAGACUAGUUUUUUUUAAAUUGCCGUAUGGGGAAAGAUUCCUGUUUCUAAGCCAAUGCAUGAGUGAUCACUUCCACCUUUCUUUUUGAUUUCUGUUUGUACAUGGAGCUUCAAGUUAAAACAAAUGGGGAUGUAAGAAAACAAAUCAAAAGAGACUUUACAAAAAAAGUGAUCAAGCCAGAGAUAUUUGCCUAACGUGUCAGAGUGGAAAAAGUGCUGUACUUGAUUGAAUCUGAUUGUUUUGUACAAGGCUGUCUGUCUGGUUGUGGUUGUCGUACUUUUACGUUGUGAUUGCGUCACUUGGUUCGUCUCAUGAUGAGGAUCUCUCCGACGACUGUUACCGCUCUGACCCGAAAUCUGUCAGAGCAACAGUGCAUGGCUGGCUCAUGUAGCAAAUGGACGCUCUUCUGUUUCUUCUGGGUAUCACCCCUCCCGUUCGAGUCAGCCUUGUACAACAUUCAACAGCAACAUUUUCUGCUAGUGUGUCAGCUUGCGUCAUUUAUCAGGCUAUUGGAUUGAUGCUGUUUUUUUUUCUUUUUUCGUUAAGCUGUGUUAAAGAAUUUGUUUGUUAAACUGUGGACAGACUCUGUGCAAAAUAAGAAAUCCUUGUUCGAUUGGUUUAAUGCAGCCAGGCCAAAAUGCUAACCAUUCAGUUUUGCACAACCACUUUCACUGUCCUUGUCGAGUAUGGAUGGAAUCAGAAAUUGUGACAAAUGCACGUAGAUUUAUUCUCUUUCCACAUGAUCCCUCAAGAUUUAAAUGAAUAAAUUUUGCGUCAUUUUACAUUCUUGCGUUGAAUUGUAAAGGGGCACCAAUUUACGGAAACGUGGUUCCUGGGUCUUUUAUUCUGUUCUAACAGUGGGAUUUUUAAAUGGGUGUGUUGCAUUGUUAGUGAAAUUAGAUUUUUCUUAUAAAAUUGACCGCAUACUAGAACUUCAUUUAUUUCCUUUUUGCUUUAUAAUUCACGUAAUGUUUUUGUGUGUGUGUGUGUGUGUGUGUGUGUGUGUGUGUGUGUGUGUGGCUAUUUGAUCUUUUCAAUGGGUAUUGUUGAUUAUCACAUUACUAUGUUUAAAUGCAGGUCAGAAAAAGUUGUUUUGUCAUUGAAUCAGGCCUAUGAGUAUGCUUGUGUAUUGUGUGUCAGUGUAUGAGAGUAUGAGUAUCUGAGUAGACUACUCUGUGAAUGGAAUCUUUUUAAUCCGAGGCUCAGUCCGUUUCCUGUUUUGGGUCUGGCUGCUCAGUGCUGUUGUUUAUUUGGAGCUUUGUGAGUUUACACAGUACAAAUAACAAUCUGUUCAGAUUUGAUUUUAGUUAUGCAAGUUUGUACAAACCAUCUUUUAUUUAUUAUAUGUAUUGCACAUAUAAUCUUGUUACCCAACAUUACUGCGAAAUUGUAUCAUGUAAAUAAAAAUAUGUACAGAGCUAUUAAAAUGUGUACUGUGCUGUUUUUACCA